CCGGAACGCCAACUCAAAGUCCGGUCCCCAGUCGGCGCUCCUUCAUCAGUCGGCUCUCAGUUCGGCGCUCAGUGUACACACGCGCUCUUCGCUCCUCAAACUUCAUUGUCUUGUCUGGGGGUUACAGAAGCUCGUCUUUCUUCCCGCAGCUUUGCUUUGAGAAAGAAAAAAAAACUGCUCACCAAACUCAAAGAUCUGAUCGACCUGCUGGUGUUUGUGGACUCAGGAGCCCCCGGAGCUUUUGCCAGGAUGCGUUCCGUUUUCUGUCUCGGUGCCUUCUUGGCUGUUGUGAUGUUUCCUCCAGCAAGCGGCACCAAGAAGGUCAUCGGGUUGUACGGCGAUACCAUCAAGGUGCCUUGCAACGAUGGCGACAACAGACCAGAAGAUCUGAUGUUCACGAAAUGGAAACAUUCAAAGGAGAAUGGCACUGCAGGAGAUAUUUUGGUGAAGCAGGUACAGAAGGAAAAGGCGAAGAUCAUAGCCACGGACAGCUAUAAGGACCGUACUAGCAUCGAUUCAGACUCCAGCCUAAUCAUCACAGGUGCAAUCCUGGAUGACCAGAGAUUCUUCACUUGCAUGGUGGUCUCCUCCAAUAAUGUCAACGAAUACCCUGUUGAGGUUGAAGUGCACAAGAGACCGUCAGCACCCGAAUUCAGGAACAAAGCGAGUCGGCUGGACGACGGCAAACUUACACCGCUGGGAGAGUGUGUAGCUGCCAGCGCAAACCCCCCAGCAGAAAUCAUCUGGGUGAAGAAUAACAAGACACUAGAGGCAGACAACAAACUGAUCAUUAUCAGUGCCUCCAUAACGAAGGACCCAGCCACUGGUUUGUCCACCACAACCUCAAAGUUGCAGUACACAGCAGGGAAACAGGAUGCGACCUCAAAGUUCGCUUGCGUCGUGAAGCACGUGACCGGACCUGACCAAAUGUCUGCACCUGAAACCUUCAGUAUCCACUACCCCACUGAGAAGGUGAACCUGCAGGUUCUGCCUCUGGGCUCCAUUAAGGAAGGUGAUAACGUGAUACUGAAAUGCCAGGCCGACGGAAACCCUCCACCCACCAGCUUCAACUUCCACAUUAAGGGAAAGAAGGUCCUGGUAACCGACUCAGACGUCUACACUCUGUCUGGCAUCAACCGAGCUGACUUUGGUGAAUACAAGUGCUCUCUGAUCGACAACGAAAACAUGCAGUCUUCAGUGAACAUCACUGUCACCUAUCUGGACCUGAACGUCAUUCCCUCAGGAAACAUCCUGAAAAAGGUUGGGGAGUCUUUGGAGGUGAAGAUUGACAAGAAUUCUUCAAGUGAACCCUCAGUGAUCUGGUCUAAGGACAAUGGCAAGCUGGACAAACUGCCUGACUUCAGCUCUCUAACAUAUAAUCAUGCCGGUUUCUAUGUGUGUGAGGCGUCUGUAGCCGGAAUCAAACGCAACGCCAGCUUCAAACUGGUUGUGGAAGGCAUGCCUGUGAUUAAGAGUCUGAAGAAAGAGAGGAGCACAGAUGGCAAAGCAAAGGUGCUGAUCUGUGUGGCUGAGGGAGCGCCUGAACCUGAAGUGACCUGGAGUGUCAAUGGAACCCAUAGCCAGAGCCAAUACAGCAACGGAGUAGUGACUUACAAGCUGACCGUGAUGCCCAGUGCGAACCUGACUGUCACCUGCCGAGUCUCUAACAGUCUAGGCACAGCCAGCAAGGACAUCGAGGUGCUAUCCUUAAAUGAAGAGAAACCAGAUUCCCGAAAAGAUGAUGAUGACGACAAAGCCAAGGUGAUUGUGGGCGUGGUGGUGGCUCUCAUCGUGGCAGCCGCACUGGUUGGCAUCAUCUACUGGCUGUACAUGAAGAACAGACAAGGCAGCUGGAAGACGAACGAGAAGGAGACGGGCACCUCAGAGGAGAGCAAGAAGCUGGAGGAGAACAAUCAUAGACAAGAGCCUUAGAGUGACACACAGGACCGGGACACAGAGACGAGAGGCCUUGUCACACUGAAUGUGCUGUACAACACAACAUAUCCAUCAUCUGAUCUGAGACUCCUGAUAGGCUGUCAGGCUGCAAACGUGCACAUCACAGAAUCGCCUGGAAUAUUUCUAGCCUGCCGCCUAAUUCACCCUGACAAACAGUUCCUCCAAGCGAAACCCGAGCACCAUGCAAGAGUUAAAAACACCUGUGUUGUUAAAAAGAAAAAAAAAGAAUUAGUCUGCACUGAAAACUGUCUUUUUAGUUCUGUUUUACUUGAUUUUAUUUUUUUCGUGUGUGUGUUCUCUGUGAAUGCUUUCUAUUUUUAUUUAAUUAAAUUUUUUAUUCAUGCGCAUUGCUGGUGUGAUGGGUUCAGCGAUCCCUCUUUUCCCCCUCCCUCUUUUUAGUAGAAAAAAAAGAAUUACUGUACACUUUUCAGGCCUUUGUAAAUAUGUCACUGGAGAGCACAUUCUCUUUGGUCAGUGCUGAGAUUGCUGUAUUAAUUCAGGUUUAAGUAAUGCAGGACUACGGAGAGAUGAAGACUUCACUGCUGUUACAGUCUCGUUGUCUUUUUCGAUUUCUUGUGCAUCCCCCCAACCCCCCAUCCUUUUUUAGGUUUUCCGCUUACUCGAUUCCAGAAGUUGAUUUUUUUGGAAUGGUUUAGGACAUAUUGUGUAAUAGGAAUGUUAAUAGUAGGGGGUUCAAUCUUCCGGUUUCAGUUUGCUAAGUAUUAUUUAAAUGUUUUUAUUCAAAAAGGGGCGUGUCCUAAAUGUCCAUUUGUUGGCCUUAUAAUAAGUUACUGAGAAUCCUAUAGAAGCAUGCCCAGUCUACUAACUAAAACACACUAAACAGGGUGAUUAUAUGGGAUAGACACUAAGUACAAAACUGUAACUCAUGUUUUAAUGUUAUCAUGGAUCAGUCACAGAUACUUGACUUCAGCUCAAGCAGCAGAGUAGCAUAAAAAAUCCAGCCGGAAAUGACACCAUAUUCUGCAGCCUUGCACAAAAGCCUUAAUGCCUACUUUUAUUUGACUAUUUAUUUUUCAAAAAAUAAUGAUACAAAGAAGAAAUGAAGUUUAGUUUCUUCAUAGAGAAGAUUCUUCUUCCUCGAUUUCUCUUAGCUUAUGUAGGUAGUCUAGAAGGUAUAGUGUGCGUUUUCUUUAUACACCUCAACACUUGAUUACUCUGUACACUGUUUUUAUUUUAAUUUGAACUAUAUUUUUUUAUUUUUUACCAUAUUAUUAGUCUAUAAUAUCACUGAUUUAGAGUCUUACACUGUAGUUUGAUAGCUUGUGAUAGUCUGAGGCAUUAUUCCGUUAACUGGUUGAAAGAGGUUGUAAAUAUGUCUUUGUGUCUUAGAUCAUGUUUGGCUAUUUAUGUUGUGAGAGGUUAGCUGCACUUCUGCCUGGGCAUUAGUUAGCUAUAAAAAAAAAGAAAAAGUCCCUCCCCACUCAUCCAUAUCCACUUAUUUAUGUUCAGUUCCCACCACUGCAGGAUGUUUAGAAGAGAUGCAUGGAGACAGGUUGAGAUUUAGUUUAGUUUUGUCUCUCUGGAUACAUACAUGGGGGGAAAAAAAAAUCUCAUGUCAUCAGGGCAGCAGUGAAACCAAAGAGGGUAAAUGAGAAGAAGGCCAUAAAAGUGUUUGUAAAUACCAGCUUUUGGUUUUGUACUUUUGUUGAAAAUAAAGUGUACAUUUUGAA